AGGUAUGAUAAAGCAUUGUUAAUGCUGCCAAAAGCCUCAUUCCAAAAUUUGGCUCUUGAAAGUCAUCAGCCUUUCCCUCCAGUUCUACUGUGGCCCGGCCUGGCCUGGGCGCUCCUUCUGCCCCGAGGCCAGAGGAUGGCUCCACUGGAUACUGAGUCUGCAAUUCCUUGAGCAGACAACGUUCGACCCCGUUUCUAGGAGGAAGAAGCAGGAAGGGCACAAUGAACGCAGAAAGACGCCAGUGUCGGCUCUGCAAAGCCUGAACACUUUCUGCUUAAAUGCAAAUAUCCUCCCCAACAGAGAUUGCUACCGGCGCAGAGUGAUCACCGUGCCUGCAAAAGGCUGUGGCCAAGAACCUGUCAAUCUUAGGGGCAACUCAGCAGCUUAUAGCAUUGUAUCUCCUGUGACUCAGGAUGCGGCGGGACCUGAAGAACUAUCCAAUCAGGGCAUCUGGGGCGGGGACGUGCACACUGUCCAAUCAGGAGCUCCACAGAGGGGAGGGGGCAACGUUCAACAACUCCGCGGGGUCUUCCUUUCUUGCCUCCACCAAGGUCGGGGUUCAGUCUCUGCUUAGCUGAGAGGCUUAGGUAGCUCCGCCAGCACCUCCUUCGCUCUGUGACCUGCACGGGCAGUAAAGAAGACGCCAGGCCACCCCGGAAUCCAGGAAAUGGACUCAGUUGCCUCUGAGGAUGUGGCAGUGAACUUCACCCUGGAGGAGUGGGCUUUGCUGGAUCCUUCCCAGAAGAAACUCUACAGAGAUGUGAUGCGAGAAACUUUUAGGAACUUGGCCUGCAUAGGGAAAAAAUGGGAAGACCAAAACAUUGACGAUUGGUACAGAAAUCAAAGGAGACUUCUAAGCAAUCAUAUGGUAGAGAGACUCUGUGAACGUGAUCAAUGUGAAGGAACCUUCAAUGAGAUUCUAAAUCUCAAUCUGAACAAGAAAAUUCCUAGUAUAGUAAAACCAUGUGAAUGUAGUUUGUGUGGGAAAGUUUUUAUGCAUCAUUCAUCCCUUAGUAGGCACAUCAGAUCUCAUGCUGGACACAAACCGUAUGAAUACCAGGAAUAUGGAGAGAAACCAUAUAAGUGUAAGCAGUGUGGGAAAGCCUUCAGUUCUUGCCAGUCUUUUCGAAGACAUGAAAGAACUCACACUGGUGAGAAACCCUAUCAAUGUAAAGAAUGUGGAAAAGCCUUCAUUUCUCUUCCUAGUGUUCGAAGACACAUGAUUAGACAUACUGGAGAUGGACCUUAUAAAUGUCAGCAGUGUGGGAAAGCCUUUGACCGUCCCAGUUUAUUUCAAAUACAUCAAAGAACUCACACUGGAGAGAAACCCUAUGAAUGUAAGGAAUGUGGAAAAGCCUUCAUUUCUCUCCCAAGUUUUCAAAGACACAUGAUUAGGCACACUGGGGAUGGACCUUAUAAAUGUCAGGAAUGUGGGAAAGCCUUUGACCGUCCCAGUUUAUUUCGAAUACAUGAAAGAACUCACACUGGAGAGAAACCCCAUGAAUGUACACAAUGUGGAAAAGCCUUCAUUUCUUACACAAAUUUUCAAAGUCACAUGAUUAGGCACACUGGAGAUGGACCUUAUAAGUGUAAGGUAUGUGGAAGAGCCUUCAUUUUUCCCAGUUAUGUUCGAAAACAUGAAAGAACUCAUACUGGAGAGAAACCUUAUGAAUGCAAUAAAUGUGGUAAGACCUUCAGUUCUUCCAGUAAUGUUCGAACACAUGAAAGGACUCACACUGGAGAAAAACCCUAUGAGUGUAAGGAAUGUGGGAAAGCCUUCAUUUCUCUCCCAAGUGUUCGAAGACACAUGAUUAGCCACACUGGAGAUGGACCUUAUAAAUGCAAAGUAUGUGGUAGAGCCUUUGACUGUCCCAGUUCAUUUCAAAUACAUGAAAGGACUCACACUGGAGAGAAACCCUAUGUAUGUAAGGAAUGUGGAAAAGCCUUCAUUUCUCUCAAAAGGAUUAGAAAACAUAUGAUACUGCAUACUGGAGAUGGACCUUAUAAAUGCACAGUAUGUGGUAAAGCCUUUGACUGUCCUAGUUCUGUUCGAACACAUGAAAGAACUCAUACUGGAGAAAAACCUUAUGUAUGUAAAGAAUGUGGCAAAGCAUUCAAUUAUGCUAGUUCCAUUCGAAUACAUGAAAGAACUCAUACUGGAGAGAAGCCCUAUGAAUGCAAGAAGUGUGGGAAAACAUUCAGUUAUUCUAGUUCUUUUCAAAGACAUGAAAGAGGUCAUAGUGGAGAUAACCCUUAUGUAAGGAAUGUGGGAAAUCUUUCAUUUAUCACACAACCUUCAAGUACACACAAGAAUGCAUAGUGGAGGAACACUACAAGUGUAAAGAAUAUGGAAAGUCUUCAGUUUACCCUUUGGAUUUUGGACAUGCUUGAGAGCUUACCCCUUCUUCGUCUUCUCUUCUCCCUUGUAGAAUGGGGAUGGCAUCCUAUGCCUCUUUCUAUUGUAUUUUGGGAACACACAGCUAGUUCAGUUUCUAGUAGCUGAAGAAUUUUCCCUAAGCAUGAAUCAGGUCUUAACCAUAUCUGGUUUAUAUAUAUUGAGAUGACACUUUAGAGUUCCUGCUGCAAUUAGUUAAGACUUGAGGCCUUUGGAAUGGAAUGAAUGUAUUUUACACAUGAGAAGGACAUCAAUUUUAGGGGGUCAGAGUUCAGGUUUGUACUGAGUGUAUGUAACCCCAAAUUUGUGUGUUGAAACCCUACCCCUUAAUGUGAUUAUAUUCAGAAGAAAUGUCUCUGGGGGUGUUAGUAUGAGAGGAGAUCAUAAUGAUAAAGGCCUCAUAGAUGGGAUCAGUCUCUUGAUAGAGGUCCCUUGAAAGCUAGCUUUGCUGUCCACCAUAAACAGAUUAAGUUAGAAGAUACAUAGUAUUCUUUGAACUAGGAAGCAGGACCUCACCAGACACCCAAUCUGCCAGUGCCUUGAUACUUGGAUUUCUGGCCUCUCAAACUGUGAGAAAUAAAUUUGUUGUUUAAGCCAUCUAGUUUAUGAUAUCUUGAUUUAGCAGCCUACACUAAGCACAGCCCAAUUACAAAAUAAGGAAAGGAUGUAUAGACAUUUCUCGAAAUAAGAUAUACAAAUGGCCAGUAAGCACUUAAUGAUGCUCAACAUUAUUAGUCAUUAGGGAAAUGAAAACCAGACCUGCGACAUACAUAUCACCUCACACUCAUUGGUGUUGCUACUACCUGUGUCAAGAAAUA